CGGAUUUGCGAAGGAUGCGAGCAACUCGCGGCCCUGAAUGGCUGCAGCUUUCAACCAGACGUCAUCAUUCAGAUGCUGCUGUGGCUGCCUCCAAACCGCCGCCAGCUGCUAAACGCCGCCUCGGUUCAAACCUUGCACGCUCUGUGUUUACAACCAGCCAUCUCCAUCCUCGUCCUGCCGAAUCCGCCUCGUCUCUGUGAGCAGCGGUCGCAGCCAUGAUCCGCACAGCUGCUUUAAAGUCCGUUCGACGGACCACGGGGUCAUUUCACUCGCUUCACACCCUUCAACCAUGGAGGGCAGCAUCUUGUCUUUUCCGACCAACUCAGCACGGCAGGGCCUCACCCCCGACACCUUCACGGGUUUUCAAUCCCCGUGCCGUUUCAGCAUCAUUCCACAGCUCCUCUCCUCAAUAUGCGCAAUCACCCACCGCCGACGCUCUGAUGGAAAACCUCAACGAGCUGUACGCCACGGCAAAAGACGAAUUUGAAAUCGCAGCUGAAGAGACGGAGAAGAAAACGGUCUAUGCCGCCGAUGACAGAGAGGCUGCGGCGGACGCAUUGAAGAUGCUGCAAGAGGCCUUCCAGAAAGCGCUGAAGGAGACGAGCCCCGAGGUCAGCAAGGAGAUUCAGAGUCGGGUGGGACCGAGGAUACGAGAACUGGAGAAUGCGGUAAAGGCAAUGGAAGAGAUGGCCAUGGAGGAUUGAGGCACGCGGUUAGACUUCGCUAGGCCUAACAAGCCUGUCGGUUGGUUGAUCGUUGUGCAGGCCUACAAACUUCGACACGGGGUUUGUGAGACCGGAGUAGCACUGGCCACAAUCGACACCUGCUGCCCUGAGAGACAUCUCCAUGCGUAGUCAAUGGAUUGCGCAUUGCGCGUGGGAGGCUGGCACGUGCGAUGUAUCUGUGGUGGACCAGAUUCCACCGAUAUAGAGAUCACAUAAACAGAGCAAUGGCCAAAGAUUUGAAGCACAUUUGAAUCAUGG